AUGGCUGAUAGUCUACGGGAGGAAGUGGCGAAACUCACCAAAUGGGAUGGACCGAAUGCCAUAAUGCUAUUGAUCGAUGCUAUCGAUAAAGCUGGCCGCGUUUCUGGUACCAAACUACAAAGGCUAGCGGGGGGCAUGAGCCGUGCACUUGGAUUUAGUGGUAGGGAAUGCCGGGAGGACGCAGAGGAAGAGAACCCUUUCAAUACGUUUGACGAUAACGGCGAUGAUUCGUUCGAUGCUGAGUUUGGCUUUGACACCCAGUCCACUCCGGUUAGCGUGCACGAGAGUGCAGUUGAGUUACUGAAGGCAGGAUUCCAUCCCUUGAAGUUGCAGCUGCUAUGGGACAAAGUGAAGGACAUCUUGAUUCGAAAGAUUGAGAGUGAGAUGCUUGGUUACCACAUUAACAUUGCUCAAUCAGUGGAAGUGUUCGUUGUUCCUGACCCUUUCCAUAUUCUGAAGGAAGGAGAAGUCUAUAUGCGAUCAAAUCAGGGUUUCGAGGGGAUGUUCACUGACACACUGGAAGGUCCCGUUCUGCUGAGCAGGAACCCUACGAGGGUGCCUUCGGACGUGCAAAAAGUCACUGCUGUGCGAUGCCCGCAGCUCGCUGAUUACAGCAACCUUGCUGUGGUCUCGUGCAAGGGGAAGCGCUCACUGGCCAGCUAUCUCGCAGGCGGAGACUACGAUGGGGACACUGUCAUGGUCGUAUGGGACCAGAAUUUUGUGCGGCCCUUCUGCAACGCGGACCUGGUGGUGCCCGAAGAGAACUUCAUCUCAGAGAAUUUCCAUCGAGAUAUUGAGAAAGUGCCUGACUUCCUUAAUCGCAUUGCGAGGCAGCGUCGUUCACAAUGCCAUAGUGAAUUGCUAAGAGUUCUGCUACAAGGCAUGGCAGACAGGAAGGUCGGAAUAUAUUCCAUGUAUCAUGACAUUACAGUGCACGCUUACGGCCUCGCGGAUGCAAGGACGGUACGCUUGGCGCAUAUGUGA